AUGAGUAUCCAACCAAAAAGAAGAUUAACUGGAAGUUUCUACGUGGCAGACACGGUGAAUUCGCACAUCCAAGAUUACGGUUUACGAAAGUUUACCGUAACUGAACUGGUAGUGGCCAUUGCCCAAAAUAUCGUUCGAGUUGGAACAUUAACCAUGUUAUCUAUAUUUGCUUUUUAUCUCCACUGUCUUCAAAAUAUCUUUGCCGAACUUACGGGGUUUGAAGACAGAUUUUUUUAUAGCGACUGGUGGAACGAUAGCAAUCCCAAAGCUUGGUUGCGAAACUGGAAUCCAAUUGUUGAAGAAUGGCUUUACUUUUACGUAUAUGUGGAAUUCAAAACACAUGUUUGCAAUAAUACGUUUCUCACGAAAAUUGUAACUAUUAGUCUGUCGUUUGUGGCUCACGAUUGGCUUCUGACCGCCUUAAAUAUCAUACACAAAUGA